AUGCCUCUACUGUUCUUGAUAUGUGCUCUGCUUGCACAACAGACCUUAUCAUUUCCUAGUCAGCACAAGGCCAAGAAACCUUUACCAUAUCGCUAUGCUGGCAGGGACUCUCGCAGCGGAAGCUACCAUAUCCCCAACACUAUCCAAAACGGAACAAGCAAGGUCCGAUUCGACGUCCCAACCCCAGAAACCACUCUCGAUGCAGAGACCCUCUUCAGUCUAGACGCACCUCAGAUAGAUCCAAUCAACGGCUCUGUCUUCGACUGGUGGUAUUUCGACGUCGUCUCAGAGGAAAACCCAGACGAUUCCCUGGUCAUCACAUUCUUCACCUCAUCCAUGAACGCAUUUCCAUUCCUUAGGGCGAACGAAUCCUCCAUCCUCAAUGUCUGGAUAUGGGCUUCGUUCGCCAAUGGAACCCACUAUGAAGAUACCAUCCCAGCAACUGUGGCGACUGUGGCCGGCGCAGACGGCGCGGGAACUAAUAGUUCUGGAAACUGGUCAUCCACAGGCUUUAGCUGGAAUGCUCUCACGGAGAAUCUAUCGCAGUAUGAGGUUAUAAUUGCGUCGGAGAAACUCCAGGUCGAAGGAAGGUUAACCUUGACUUCGCGAGCACCAUAUCAUCUACCCUGUGGAAUUCAAGCGGGACGUAGUCAACUUGAGAUCGCGCCUCAUAUCGGAUGGGUUAAUCUCGUACCCGAUGCCGUGGGUGAAGUCGAUAUGAAGAUCCAUGGGUCGACACUCAAGUUCCGAGGUAUUGGGUACCAUGACAAAAAUUGGUCUGAUCGACCCUUUGUAGACUCUGUCCAGAGUUGGUACUGGGGUCAUGGCCGUCUGGGUCCGUACUCGAUUGUAUGGUUUAGUUACCUCGCUAUGAAUGACACAACCAACGCCACGUAUGUGAGUAGCUAUGUUGCCAAAGAUGGGGAGCUGCUCGUGUCGGCUUGUGACCCCUCUCUUCUCACUGUGAGACCGGUCGGUAGGCCCGGGACGACUGGCGGGCGGUAUCCGCCAUAUGCCCGUGAUAUUCCGGAAGGAUUUCGAUUGGAAUAUGAUCUUGGAGAGGGGAAUGGUUGGUUGAAUGUUAAUGUUUCGGUGAGAACGGUGGUUGCGGGGGAUGAGGAGUAUUAUAUGCGAUGGACAGGUGAUAUGGUUGGGGAGGUGGUUGAGUCUGAGAGAGCAGGGAAGGGUGGCGGUGGCUCAAAGGGAGAAAUGGGGGAACGUGACGUGCACUCAUCGUCUCUUGUUGGUGUUGCGGUUUUGGAGCAAUUUGUUCUAUUGGAAUAG